AUGUUUCCUCAGCUACACCCUGGAGCAGUGUCAUCCUCGCUUCCAGGCGUCAAUCGCAAGCCGCCACGUCUGCGCAUGCAUCCGCGACGGAGCGAGCAAAGCAAGAACCCUGGAAUGUUGUUACCUGGACUUCUGGCUACCCCUUCUUUAGCCCCUUACCCUAUAAUCCUACUCGGAGAAGGGAGGCCUGGCGGUACAUUACCUACUUCUUGGUGCACCAGGUCAGUAUUUCCUAACUCAUUCUUGUUUCUGCAAUGCAUUUUUGAGAUUCGUAGAGGACGCAUAGUGACACAGUCUCCGAGACAAAGCUCAUCAUUUAACUUAUCUGGCGUAUGGUUCCUGUUCCAAUUAAUUUCUGGCCAACAUGAUCGUUUUAGUCUGAACUAUUUUUGUGGGCUAAUUUGCUUUUCUAAGCGCUCGGAUUAG